AUGGCUAUGCACUCUACGACUUUUCAUCUUGUACUGGAAAAGUUCAAGUCAGGCUUGAGUGAGAAAGAGAAGCAACAAUUCGCAACAACCACGCUCAAUGACGUCCAUGUUGCUAUAGAGAAGAUUCAACGCAAGCAGCAAUCCGACAAAAGGCUGCGCGCCAUGAGUAGGCUAGAGCUAUUCUUGGAGGGUAUGAAAGAGUACGAAAAAGUCGUGUCAGUAUUUCUCAACACAAGUGCAAUUCUGGCGUUCGUUUGGGCCUUUGACGCCUUGCUGGAUGCAUAUCAACGAAUUGGCGAGCAUAUGCCUUUACUAGCCCAGUACGAAGAUUAUUUCCGCAACCAUCCGCAUAUGACUCGAGUGCUACAAUUGAUGUACGAGGACAUACUUAAAUUUCAUCUCAAAGCAAUGAAGUAUUUUCAAAAGCGUAUGUGGCAACAGUUGUUUCAAGCGUUAUGGAAAAGUUUCAACACCCAGUUCGCCGCAAUACUCCGGGAUUUACGCGAACACAUGGCGUUGAUCGAAUCACAGGCAACAGUGUCUCAGUUCUCCGAGAUACUUGAAACGAGGAGACGUAUUGAACUACAAUUCGAUGAUGAGAGAGCGAAUGAAGUGCGCAAGCGUCGCAUGGUUGUUCACCAAUGGCUCGCUGCAGCCAACUGUAGUGCUGAUCAAGAGGCUUGUACCAAGGUGCGCCGAGAGCAUCCAGGAACGGGGAAAUGGCUUCUACGAGAGAACCGUUUUUGUUCCUGGUUCGACCCAAUCCUCUGCUCAACACAUAUGCUAUGGAUGAAUGGCAUUCCUGGAGCAGCCUCUUUAGUUGUCGAGGAAGCUAUGAAGCUACCAGAUGUCCACGUUGCGUUCUUCUACUGUCGUUAUCUGGAUAGUGAACGUGAUACAUUUCUUGCGGUUGCGCGCGGUAUCUUAUCUCAACUGCUAUCUCAUGAUGAUGCUCUGUUGUCUUAUCUCUAUGAAAAAGCAUCUACAAGUGGGCAGGUCACGCUUUCGCUUGAGGCGACGGCACGAGAACUGCUUGAAACAUCACUGAAGGCUUUCGAGAAGUUAUAUAUUGUUGUAGACGGAAUCGAUGAGUGUGAGGGUGACCAACGCCAACAAAUUGUGUCAUUCUUCCAGGAUACAUGGGAUUCACUGCCCCCUGCCGAUAUGGAUUCGUUGCGGUGUAUGUUUGUCAGUCAAGACGACAAUAUUGCGAGGAAACACUUCGCUAGUAUGUCUUCGUUAAAGAUUACGGAGAAUCAUACAAGAGAAGACAUUGUUGAAUUUGUAGCGGGGAGAAGUAUGACCAUAAAAGUGAAGUUUGACCUAACUGCAGACCGACAACAAUGGGUGCAGGAUCAGGUAAUGAAAAACGCUGACGUCUCAAUCAAUUUGGAAGAGCAGACUGUAGAUUGGGAGCGCGACCGACUACGCGUGGAUUCAAAAGACUUGUGUGGGUCGUUGGUCAACAUACAUGCUGACGGCACGGUUGUCAUUGUCCAUCAUUCAGCCAAAAAAUAUCUACUUGACAAAAACCUCGUCAACCUUGGAUCGGGCGAGGGCAAUCUGGGUCUUCUAUGCAUACGGUACCUUUGUUUCGAAGGGUUUAAUGUUGAGGAUGAUAAUCUCAGCGUGCCUGAUUACAUCCCAUCGGGAUAUUAUGGAUUCAUGGACUAUGCAUACGCAUACUGGGCUCGCCACCUGGAUGCAUUCUUGCGUGUGCAGGAACCGAAAGACGCCCUAGACGAGAUAUCCGAAGCGGCGGAAGUUUUCAUCGACAUGUACUGGGCGCAGCCCCGGACCAAGUCGAUACCCCCGAAAUCAUUCUUAGCACGAUGGGAGGCGCUUUCGAGCAAUCGCAAUUUUGACAAACUCACUGUUGCUGCUCAUCUCGCACAUAAGCAGCUCAUUGCUUCAACCGCUCACUCUCCGGAUCUUCAAGUGCUCAAGCUCCACCAUGCAUUGAAUAAAGUGCGCAAGCACCUAGAGCUGGAAAGCGCUUCAGCAACUAGGACCGUGAAGUUACAGUCAAUGUACGGCGAGAAAAUUUUCAAAUGUCCGAGAGUCAACUGCAUCCGAUUUUACAGCGGCUUCGCGUCAGAGCAAGAGCGGAACGACCACAUAAAGAAGCACGAACGAUCCUUUUUCUGCUCUUUUCCGGGCUGCCCAAUGGCCGCGCUAGGUUGCAACACAUUGAAGGAGCUCUACAAGCACGACACGGAAUACCAUGGGACGUUUGAUCAUGAUGACGAAGAAGAAGAAGCAGAUUAUCCUGAACUGCCUCAACAGAAAGUGUCUUUUGACUGCAAAGAGUGCGAUGCCAAGUUUACUCGUAAGCAAAACCUUCAGAUUCAUAUGCGGAGUCGCCAUGCGGAGAGCGGGAGCAAGCCAGUGGCCUAUGUUUGCCCAAUGUGUAGCAAGAGCUUUGCAAGGAAGGGCGAUCGCACUCGACACGUGACAACCAGCCAUGACGAUGCAAAAUCAUUUGUGUGUGGGGGUAAGCUCAGGGACGGGUCUGAUUGGGGAUGUGGACGUGUUUUCAAGCGUGGUGAUAUGUUGAAUCGGCAUUGGAAAAGUACAAAGGGCCAGGUGUGCAUUGUGCAGAAACAGAAUGAGGAAGAUGCCGACAAUGUGAGCUCGAGUGCCUCAUUGCAGCCCUCGGCCGCAUCUACGCCUCGGCCCUAA